AUGUUAGAUGUCGUGGUGGUGACGGCCGUUUCUAUUGAACUCCAGGCUGUUAGGAAAGUUUUGGUAAAAGCUGGUUGCACGUCCUUUCCUAAUUUUCAGAUACGGGAUAGUUCAGACGAAGUUUUGGUGGGCGGUGUGGCUUCCAAGCUGCAGUUGCAGAAGUCGACCUUUAAUGUGGGCGUGUUUUGUCUUCUACAAAUGGGACAUGAAGGAGCCACGGAUUUCUUGCAAGCAAUAAAAUAUGGCGUAGAGUCUAAGCAAGUGUCAGAAAGUGGAUUAUUAGUCAUGAUUGGCAUGUGUGCAGGAAACCCUGACAGCAAAGUGAAGUUUGGAACCAUCAUGACACCGCAAUCGAUUGCAAAUGAAACUGGUGUUGGUUCAAAGCUUGAUGCAAAGACAGGCAAAUUCGAGACUUCAGUUGCUGAUGCUAAAGUUAGUCACAGGAUCUGUGCAGCAGUUCAAGCGGCUUCACCAGAAUUCUGUGGAUAUGAUUGGCUUGACAAGUAUCUGCCGGAUGAAGUAAAGAAUACUCCUUCACCACCGUUUCUUCAAGAUGCCAUUCUUGCUGCAUUGAAUGUCCAUCCCAACGAAAUGAAUGUGGCCGAGGUGCAUAGAAAACUCUUCAGUGCGUAUGAAAAUUGGCCAGAAAAUAUUAUCACCAAAGAAGUAGUGAAGGAAGCUCUUGGCAUUCUUAAACGUGAGUACGUCACAGAAGACGACAAGAAGUUUUCAAUUAAUGAGAAAGGUAGAAAAUGCAUCAAGGACAUCGAAUCUGAUUCUGAUUUUCCACGAAGUGAUUCUCAAGAUCUGAAGGUCAACAAGAAUCCUAUGAUAUCAGGUGCUUUCGUUCGCGUUGGCAUGACUGAUAAGCAAUGGAAAGAGCUGAAAGAUCAGGCUGCUAAGAGAAAAGCGAGUGGAUUUGAUAUGGAAGGAUACGGGUAUUUGUCCUAUGCAGAAAAGCAUCUGAGCAUGUUGACCACAUGGUUUGUCAAGGUUGUCACAAACUUCGCUACCAAGAAGUCCAAAAUGGAUUAUUAUCAAGAUUAUGGGGCCUGUCUUGCUGCUGCAUUUUUCUUACACGUACUAGAGAAAACUCCAUAUCUCGCAGGAGUCGCUGCCAGGAAAUAGACAUGAAAUUCGUUUACAGUAUUUUAUGAAACUCUUGCAUGGGACAUGCCAUAGGUUUGAGGCUUUGUUGUUGUGAUCGAUGUACGCGUCACAUGCAUGCAGUAGCAUGUCUGUUCGCAUUUGCUGUACUUGUUGUAUACUGUGAGUAAUGGUACUGCUGUGAGUGUAUACAUGCAGAGCUGCAAUUAUACUUUCUGUAGUUGUAAA